GGAAUAAACUGGCACCUCUAGAAAUAAAGCUCCGUAGCCAAUGCGGCGCCCCGGUGUGCGGGAUUGGUGGCCUCGGCGUGACGCGGCCUGGGCGGGCCGAGUCGGUUUGCGACAGUGGCCGCGGGUCCCGGCCGUGGGAGGGGACCGGGGACCCGCCGCACAGCACACUCGCCGCCGGCGCGGAAGGUCUCUCUCUCUCCCCGACGCCUGGCACCGCCUCGCCGCACCGGCGUGGAUCGGGACCCGCGCUCUCCAGUGCAGCCAGGACUCCCGAGCGUGCGGGCGGCUGGAGACGCCGAGGCAGCUGCUCACGAUGAGGAGGGGAGCGAGGCUGGGGCAGAGCGGCCUCGUCCCGCGGGUCUGAGCGCCCACCCCCGCCGCCGGGACUCCGGCCUCCUUGGGCUUCGGCAAUGAGCGCCCUGUGACCGGCGGCGCCGCGAGUCGUAGACCCGGGACUCCGGGAGGCAAUGCUGGCUCGGCUUGGAGUGGCUCGGGGACAGUGAAGAAACCCUAAAAUGGAGGACUUUUCCACCAGGACGUACGGCACAAGUGGCCUGGACAACAGACCUCUGUUUGGAGAGACAUCUGCCAAGGCGGCUUCUUAACCACUGGGCCACCAGGGAAGUCCCGAGAGCGUAUCUUUGCUUAUGGAGCAUGUGUGUACGACAUGGAGGAGAGAGCUACUCAAGUCCCUGUUCUUCCCUCUCUUCUCGGCUUCAGUCAUCCUGGCCUUCUUUUCCAGUUUCCAGGCUCACACCCGCCUCAGGGCCCUUGAUCGAAUCAUCAAUUUAGUUGUUGGCAGCUUAACAUCUUUACUGAUCCUAGUAACGCUGAUCAGUGCUUUUGUUUUCCCUCAACUACCUCCAAAACCGCUGAAUAUAUUUUUUGCUGUCUGCAUCUCUUUGAGUAGUAUCACUGCCUGCAUACUUAUCUACUGGUAUCGACAAGGAGAUUUAGAACCGAAAUUUAGAAACCUUAUUUACUAUAUCUUAUUUUCUAUCAUCAUGUUAUGUAUAUGUGCGAAUCUGUACUUCCAUGAUGUGGGAAAGUGAGGCUGCCAAGAGAUACACUCACCAGGUCUCUUCAAAGCAAUAUAUUUGGACUCGAAUAAGAGCUGGAUAAGGUAUGCUGAAGAGUCUCCUGCAGAAGUCUGAUACAUGAUUUUCAUGUUAAUUGUAAAUCUAAAUUCCCUCUUGCAGGGGAGACAUAUCCUAAAUCACUUUUCUUUUUCUUUGAGGAGCCGAUGUUGCACUUAAACAUUACCCCUUAAAGCACAAAUCAUUUUCACUUUUGAAAUUUUUUAUAUAAAGUAAUGGCGUGGUGCAAGGCUAUGUAACAAACAAUCUUGCAUUUUAAGACAAAUAUUCUUUUAUUUCUGUUAAACUGAAUAUACAAUUACUGUUCCCUAGGCAACCAACUUUUGCUUAUAACUACAAUUUCACGUUAACAAAACACAGAUGGUGAAAAGACAACUUUGAUUGUGUAGAUCUAAUUACAAUAAUAAAUAAAAUAAUUUAUACAA